AUGGAUCAUUAUUCUUAUUAUCGAGAAAAUCAAGCAGAAUGGAAAAAUUCUAUUCGACAUAAUUUAUCAUUAAAUGAGUUUUUUGUUAAAGUUGCACGAGAUGAUAAACAACCAGGUAAAGGAUGUUAUUGGAUGCUGCAUUCUGAUUUAUAUUAUAUGUUUGAAAAUGGCUCAUUUUUACGACGGCAUCGUCGUCGUCGUCGUUUUAAACAAGAAUCAUCAAAUAAUCAUCAUUGA